AUGCCCCUGGUGACCACUGGGUCCCAGGAGCCCCCCAGNGGGCCAUUUAACCUGUCGUGCGAGGAAAAGGCUUCUCUCUUACAUCGUACUCAGGAAGAAAGAAGAAAGAGAGAGGAAGAAAGGCGAAGACUGAAAAACGCAAUAAUUAUUCAGUCAUUUAUUCGAGGCCAUCGAGACAGGAAACAGCAAUAUUGCAUCCAGAGAGCUGCGUUUGACCGCGGGGCCAGCUCCUCUCAGUCUGGGGGCACUUUUCCUGUUGCCAGUGGUCCCAACCUCACCCUGUUGGUGAGGCAGCUUCUGUUUUUUUACAAACAGAAUGAAGACUCAAAGCGUUUGAUAUGGAUGUAUCAGAACCUAAUUAAACACAGCUCUCUGUUUGUCCAGCAGUUGGAUGGACCUGACAGGCUUACAUGCUUAUAUCAGAUAAAGAGGUUGAUGAGCCUCUGUUGCAGGCUGCUGCAAAGCUGUAACGAUGACAGUUUGAAUGUUGCACUUCCCAUGAGAAUGCUUGAGGUGUUUUCAUCCGAGAAGACUUACUCGUCUGUUUUACCAGAUGCUAGCUACGUGGUGUCAGUGGUUGAGCAAGUUUUGCACUACAUGGUUCAGAAUGGGUAUUAUAGAGCUCUCUAUUUGUUAAUUAACAGCAAGCUUCCAUCAAGUAUUGAGUAUUCUGAUUUAUCUCGAGUUCCUAUAGCGAAAACUUUGUUAGACAAUGUCCUGAAACCGUUGCACUUUACCUACAACUCCUGCCCUGAAGGCGCCAGGCGGCAGGUGUUCGCGGCCUUCACGGGGGAGUGCUUGGCGGCUCCUCUCACCGACCAGGUGUUCCAGUUCCUCAUCCCCGCGCUGGCGGACGCCCAGGCCACGUUCCCUUUCGAGCCCUUCCUGGAUGCACUGCUGUCGGUGGAGAGUGGGGCCUCCAGGAACAGGGGGCACGCGCCAUGGCUCUUCUACUUCGUCUUAACUGUUGGUGAAAAUUAUCUGGGGACCCUCUCUGAGGAAGGGCUGCUGCUGUACCUGCGUGUGCUCCAGACCUUCCUUUCCCAGUUGCCGGUCGCACCUGCCAGUGCGAGCUGCCAGGACUCAGCCAGUGACUCGGAAGAUGAGAGCGGGGAGGCCGACCAGCGGAGGAGCGUGCCGGUGAGCCCCGGCUGCAAGGGGCCGUCCUGCGGUUGGCAGGCCACACACAAGGACUCGUGCGGGGUAGAGUUCUGGUUAACAAAAAACACAAAAAACAUUUUUAUGUCCUGUUUCAAGAAGGGUGACUCAAAGUCAGUCACUGAACAUUUGAAGUUCCUUAAACGCACGUUGGCAGUAACAGUAGUGACACGUAACAGCGUAGGGUGUCGGCGUGCUUCGAGCUGUACUUCAGAGAGGGGCAGGCUCGGCUGUCCUGGUGGCUCUCUGGGCGCAGCGGGGGUCCUUGCGAGGCCCACUGCUCGUGGCCUGGGUGGUGCAGCCCGCAGGGCACGCGCACUGGCGGUGGUGACAGAGGCGUGUUCCGGGCUGUGCAGCGUCCUCGGCGUGCCCCCGUCUCGAGGGAAUGCGCUGGGCAAGGGCCUGCUGACUCCCGUUUCCCGGCUCCUUUCCAGGCUCCUCUACAGCUUAGCCUUCAACGCCAGGUUCCUGCGGCACCUCUGGGUCCUCAUAUCGUCCAUGACAACACGGAUGGUCACAGGGUCCAUGGUGCCGCUGCUGCAGGUCAUAUCCAGGGGCUCGCCCAUGUCCUUCGAGGACUCUGGCCGCAUCAUCCCCCUCUUCUAUCUGUUCAGCUCCUUGUUCAGUCACUCGCUGAUCUCCAUACACGACAACGAGUUCUUCGGGGACCCCAUCGAUGUCGUAGGUCAGAGGCCGUCGUCCCUGAUGCCCUUCACUCUGGAGGAGCUGGUGGUGCUGUCCCGCUGCCUCCGGGACGCCUGCCUCGGGAUCAUCAAGCUGGCGUACCCCGAGACCAGGCCCGAGGUGCGCGAGGAGUACGCGACCGCAUUCCAGAGCAUCGGGGUGACCGCGAGCGCCGAGGUGCAGCAGUGCGUCCAGGUGGAGCAGAAGCGGUGGAUCCAGCUGUUCAAGGUCAUCACCAACCUGGUGAAGAUGUUGAAGUCCAGAGACACGAGGAGGAACUUCUGUCCCCCGAACCACUGGCUGUCCGAGCAGGAGGACAUCAGAGCAGAUAAGGUCACCCAGCUGUACGUGCCAGCUGCCAGACACGUGUGGAGGUUCCGGCGGAUGGGGAGGAUCGGCCCCCUGCAGUCCACCCUGGAUGUGGGUCUGGAGUCGCCGCCGCUCUCUGUGUCUGAGGAGCGACAGCUUGCCAUCCUGACGGAGCUGCCCUUCGUGGUUCCGUUUGAGGAGCGGGUCAAGAUCUUUCAGAGGUUGAUCUACGCAGAUAAGCAGGAAGUCCAAGGAGAAGGUCCCUUUCUGGAUGGAAUUAAUGUCACAAUAAGAAGGAAUUAUAUUUAUGAAGAUGCUUAUGACAAACUUUCCCCAGAAAACGAGCCCGACCUGAAGAAGCGCAUCCGUGUCCACCUGCUCAACGCACAUGGGCUGGAUGAGGCCGGCAUCGAUGGUGGUGGCAUCUUCAGGGAGUUUCUGAACGAGCUGCUGAAGUCGGGCUUCAACCCCAACCAGGGCUUCUUCAAGACGACCAACGAGGGGCUCCUGUACCCCAACCCCGCUGCGCAGAUGCUCGUGGGGGACUCCUUCGCCAGACAUUACUACUUCCUGGGCAGAAUGCUCGGAAAGGCUCUCUACGAAAACAUGCUGGUGGAGCUGCCCUUCGCCGGCUUCUUCCUGUCCAAGCUGCUGGGCACCAGCGCCGACGUGGACAUCCACCACCUGGCGUCCCUGGACCCCGAGGUGUACAGGAACCUGCUGUUCCUCAAGAGCUACGAGGGCGAUGUGGAGGAGCUGGGGCUGAACUUCACCGUCGUGAACAACGAUCUCGGGGAGGCCCAGGUAGUUGAACUGAAGUUUGGCGGGAAGGAUAUCCCGGUCACCAGCGCGAACCGGAUUGCGUACAUCCACCUGGUGGCCGACUACAGGCUGAACAAACAGAUCCGCCAGCACUGCCUGGCCUUCCGCCAGGGCCUGGCCAAUGUGGUCAACCUGGAGUGGCUGCGCAUGUUCGACCAGCAGGAGAUCCAGGUACUGAUUUCUGGUGCACAAGUUCCCAUAAGCCUAGAGGACCUGAAAUCCUUUACCAACUAUUCAGGGGGCUACUCUGCCGACCACCCGGUGAUCAGAGUCUUCUGGCGUGUCGUGGAGGGCUUCACGGACUCGGAGAAGCGCAAGCUGCUCAAGUUCGUCACCAGCUGCUCCCGGCCCCCGCUCUUAGGGUUUAAGGAGCUGUACCCCGCCUUCUGCAUCCACAACGGCGGCUCCGACCUGGAGCGGCUGCCCACGGCCAGCACCUGCAUGAACCUGCUGAAGCUCCCCGAGUUCCAGGACGAGGCGCUCCUGCGAAGCAAGCUGCUCUACGCCAUCGAAUGUGCCGCCGGCUUCGAGCUGAGCUGAGCGAGCGAGCGGCUGGGGCUGACCCUCCGCAGAGAAGCUCGCCGCCUCCCUCGUAAGUAGCUCCUCCAGGCCAACGCGGGUGCUCAGGCUGGACUCCGCAGCUCUCCUCCCCCCGUCUGUCAUUCCCUUCAUCUUUAAAUGACUUCAGUCACGGUCAAGCAUUUAGGUGGACAUGCUUUUCAAAUAACUUAAAACAACAGAUGUUAUGUGCCACGCGGCUCAUUCAGUAAUUUUGCCAAGAGCACAGUUUAAGACUAGUGGCAACUCAGUGAAAUUAACCAAAGAUGCAGCUUUGGCGUUGCUGGUGGGUUCCAGGCCUUCCUGGGCUGGGCGCCCCUGGGCUGGGCGUCCCUGGGCAGGGCGCCCGGGCACUGCUGCUGAGUGGGAGUGGCUCUGGUCUGCAGAGACGCGGGGUCUGGGAGGUGGGUGCUGACUCAGGGCCUCUGCUGCUCGUGUGGUUGAGCUGUUUACAAGCCUGAUUGUUCAAACUAGAGGCGUUUUCCCUGCUGCCUUCCCCGAGGGGCGAGGUUUGGAGGAGAUACAUGUGGUGUUUUAUUCGUGCUUUGUGAGCCGUUUCUCCCGAGGGGACGGCGCGCUCGCUUUGGGCGACCAUUGGCCUCGCCGUGGCGCUGGGACAUCACUGGGCGGGAGGUGAGGGUGCUUCAUUCUUCCCCAUGUGUCUCCAUUCUGUGCCUGGAGGGCUUUCGGGAGAGGGGCCUGUCCAGCUCCCUGGACCUGUGUGUGACCCACAGUAAGGGACGGCUCGGGAGAGCAGACACUGAGAUCCAUCCGGUCACUUGAACCAAAGUGGCGGCUGCACCCUGGCCCUGCAGGCCGUCCCCCUCGCCCCGGGCCGGCGUCUCCCUGACGUGGGGUAACUCGCCACGCUUCUGCUCCCUCUGCUUCCUCAAUGGUGCUGCUUUGAAGGAAGACAGGACAGGCCCAGACGCGCAUCCAGGGGAGGAGUGUCGGUAAUUCCCGCGUAGUAGGCACUUUAUCAGGACCUGACUGGUUGCUGGGUGACUUCAGUCUCUGGAAACAACGCGCCCAGUGCAUUGGCUGCGAAGGCAGGGCCGCCUCUCUGAUGCUGGCCGGGUCCGGCUCGGACUCUCUCCUCCCCGUCAGGGGCUCCGGGCUGUCCCACUGAACAACCAGAUUAGCAAUAUGCUUUUAAAUGCGGGACUGAGCGACACUUUUAAGACAAUGACCAUUAUCAAAACCUGUAUAAUUUCUUAAUUGGAAUAAUAAAUUAAGUGUUAAAUGCUAUUUGUAGUCUUGAUACACAGAAAUAAAGUGAUUAGGGUUUGUC